AGCAGGCGUUUAGAGAAAUUAGGAACCUUCUAAUGCUCCUAUAUGUAAACCUACUUUGGCAAUAAACCUUGUUUGCGACUCUUUUAUGUUGAAGGCCUUUGCCGGAUAUCCGGGUCCGUUGGCUGCUGCUCAACUUGUUUGUUGAUCGAGAGGCGUUAUUAUAACAACCGGAGUUUUAUUAUAAGCCGGGUUCAUUUCUCGGGGGAUUAUAAGCGUCUCUUCCCCGGAGGAGGUGUCUCUUCCCCGGCUGAAGAUUCUCCCCCACAGGGAGAAUGAAUUAAACCCUUUAUUUCGCGACAGGAAACUAAGCAAGAGGCUUUUUUUUUUUCUUCUCCUCCAGAUGUAGCAUGUUAGCUAGCAUGUUAGCUUGUUCAAACGGCCAGACAUUAUGACGUGUUAGCGACAGACAGGAGGGAGAAGCAGCUCUGGUUCUUGUUUAGCGACGUGUCAGGUUUAUUCUCCCCGGUUUUGAGGCCUCAUCGACGGGGGAAAUGGCCGGAAACCCCCGCAGAGGAGCCGGAUUUAUCGGGCUGAUGAAGGACGCUUUUCAGCCGCAGCAGCCUCUGCAACAGCCCGCAGUGGUGGAGAAGAAGAUGGUGGAGAAGUGCUGGAAACUCAUGGAUAAGGUGGUGCGUCUGUGCCAGAACCCGAAGGUGGCGCUGAAGAACAGCCCGCCCUACAUCCUGGACCUCCUGCCCGACACGUACCAGCACCUCCGCACCGUGCUGUCCCGAUACGAGGGCAAGAUGGAGGUCCUGGGGGAGAACGAGUACUUCAGGGUGGUGAUGGAGAACCUGACCAACAAGACCAAGCAGACCAUGAGCCUCUUCAAGGAGGCCAAGGAGAGGAUGUACGAGGAGAACUCACAGCCAAGGAGGAACCUCACCAAACUGUCUCUGAUCUUCAGCCACAUGCUGGCCGAGCUCAAAGCCAUCUUUCCUAACGGAUUAUUCCAGGGAGACAACUUCCGGAUCACCAAAGCCGACGCUGCCGAGUUCUGGAGGAGAUCCUUCGGAGACAAGACCAUCGUUCCCUGGAGGACGUUUCGUCAGGCGCUCCACGAGUUUCACCCCAUCAGCUCGGGGUUGGAGGCGAUGGCUCUGAAGUCCACCAUCGAUCUGACGUGCAACGACUACAUAUCCGUGUUCGAGUUCGACAUCUUCACACGCCUCUUCCAGCCAUGGUCGUCUCUUUUGAGGAACUGGAACAGUCUGGCAGUCACUCACCCCGGGUACAUGGCCUUCCUGACGUACGACGAGGUGAAAGCUCGUCUGCACAGAUUCAUACACAAACCCGGCAGCUACAUCUUCAGGCUGAGCUGCACUCGGCUCGGUCAGUGGGCGAUCGGCUACGUGACGGCGGACGGGAACAUCCUGCAGACCAUCCCUCACAACAAACCCCUGUUCCAGGCCCUCAUCGACGGAUACAGAGAGGGAUUCUAUCUGUUCCCCGACGGUCGAGCUCAGAACCCGGACUUGACGGGUCUCUGUGAGCCGUCUCCACAGGACCACAUCAAAGUUACUCAGGAACAGUACGAGCUUUACUGUGAAAUGGGAUCCACGUUCCAGCUCUGUAAGAUCUGCGCAGAAAACGACAAGGACGUGAAGAUCGAGCCGUGCAGACACUUGAUGUGCACUUCCUGUCUCACCGCCUGGCAGGAGUCGGAGGGUCAGGGCUGUCCGUUCUGUCGCUGUGAGAUCAAAGGAACGGAGCCCAUCGUGGUCGACCCCUUCCACCCGAAGUCUGGCGGGGUUUCCUUCGCUGGUUUCCAGGGGUCCAGCAGAGCGGAGGCAGCGGCCAAUGAGGAGGAAGAAGACGACCGAUUGGACGAACAUCUCCUCAUGAGCAGGCUGGCCUGCAGCAAGGUGGAGCGCCCCCCCUCUCCAGUGUCUCAGCUGCCUCCGGUGCCCCCCCGACUCGACCUCCUGCAGAGACCCUGCAGCUCUCAGGGAGCAACAGCCAAGAUCUCAGCGACACACAGAGAUAAGCCCCUCCCCCUUCCCCCCGCCCUCAGAGAGCUGCCCCCCCCUCCCCCACCUGAGCGUCCCUCCCCCUCUCUGAUUGGUCAGGACUGCCGGCUGCAGAGGAGGCCCCUCCCCUCGACCCCCGACCAAUCAGCAUGGGCCUCAAACUACAUGGUUCCCCGCCCGGCAACCAAGGUCCUGCCCCCCCCCUCCUCUGUCUCCCCCUCCCCCCCCAACGGAGACGCCAUCAAACCUCAGGCCGCCACCAACGCCGUUUACUGCCUCGCCGCCAGGUCUCUGUCUGCGAUGGCGAGCGCUGAGAGGCCUCCGUCUGACGAGGAGGAGAAUGAGUACAUGAGCCCCACCUCGCUGCCUGUCUGCGGGGCCGCUUGGGUCAUCUCCGGCUCCCUGGUGCCUCCCCCACCCGUCGUCAACAACAACAACCACAACGACGUCAGUGAGUUGGUCGACAGCGACUCUGAGGAUCCUCAAGUCUACGAGUCCAUGUUUAACAUCCAGGCUGCUUCCUCUGAGGCCUCGGACCCCGAGCCCCCUCCCCUUCCAGCGGUGGUUCCUCAGGAGAAGGAGGAGGACUCGGCUGAGGAGGAGAUCUACGAGUACGACUGUCCGAGACCUAUCAUCCCCCCCGCCCCCACCCGCAGGACGCUGUCAGACAUCGGGGGUCCAUCAGCGUCCUCCUUCAGCACGCUCAGCAUCGACAGCGCCGUCGAAGCCAGUAUGUUUUCAGCAGCAGUGGAGCCUGAACGCCCCCCCAAACCUCUCCCUCGACGAGCAAACUCUGACCGAAGACCUCGUCCCGCAAACCGUGAAUUACCCGCUCCGUUACCAGAACUCCCUUCAACCUCUUCCUCCUCCUCUUCCUCCCCUACUCCCCCUCUUCCUAUUCCUCUCCCUCUCCCUCUCCCUCUCCCUCUUCCUCUUCCUCUCCCUCUUCCCCUCCCUCUUCCUCUCCCUCUCCCUCCUCCCACCACUCACCCGGGGAACCAGUCCCUGAACGGAGAGAUCGAGUGCCUCGUGUCGCAGGGAUACUCCUUACAGGACAUCCAUAAAGCGCUGAUGAUCGCGCAAAACAACCUGGAGACGGCCAAAAACAUCCUGCGGGAGUUUGUUUCCAUCCCAUCGUCUGCUCACAUCGCCACAUAGUCACUCCUCUUCCUCUUCCUCUUCCUCACCUGCUGUGUCUCUCCACUCUGUGCCAUUAUCACGGAAAAAGCAUUUACCGAGCACUUUUCCUGCAGGGCCACUCAAGGCCAAAAAAGGCUGAGCAGAAACGCUGCGUUCAGGUAAUAUCAGAGGAAAUGCACAGGAGAGAUAUCAUCUGAGUUUUAUUGUGAAAAUAUAUUAGUUUGUUGAACCGAUGCCAAGUGUUCGGCCUUGAAGCUUCAUCGUUAUCUCAUUGUCGCAACUUGAAAAUUGAGGGGUUUUGUGUUUAAGCUACCGUUUGUAGGUUGGCAAAAAACGUUGACAGAGAAGCCUAUGGUGGCCCGGAAGGUCAAAACACAACAAAAUGUAACAUAAAGGAAAAAGAUUUAAGUAAACCUCACAACAGUUUACAAAAACAUUUCCCCAAACACAAAAAUAAUGUCAGGUUUUUGGGAAAAUGUCUUGUUUUGACCUUCAGGGCCACCGUACGGUCGGAUAUGACCUGAACGCAGCACACCUGAGGCCUUCACCGAUAAAGAAAACCCAGACAACAAUUAACAAAACCAUUGGACAAAUCACUAAAACAUGUCAAGAAACACAACCGACAUUUAAACUGUGUUUUGACCUUCAGGGCCACCGUACGGUCGGAUAUGACCUGAACACAGCACACGUGAAGCCUUUGCAGUUAAAGAAAACCCUGACAACAAUUAACAAAACCAUUUGACAAAUAGCUAAAACAUUUCAAAAAACACAACCAACAUUUGAACUGUGUUUUCGUUUUGACGUUCAGGGCCACCGUACACUCGAUAUGACCUGAACGCAGCACGCCUGAAGCCUUUACCGUUCUUAAGCCGAUUUUCGACCCCGUUCGUGUUUCCUCUCGAGGGAAAUUCGUUUCUGAAUCCCACUGCCGUUCAGUUUGGUGCUUUUUAAAAAAAAAAAAACACGCUUCUUAGCAAAAUUUGUGGCGUACGAAUAAUGUAGCGGCGGCGAGAAAACAAGUGGUGUUUGUAUGCUGAUGAAUGUGCAGAAUCGCAGGGCUUCAUGUCUCCAUAUUUCCUCUCGAUGAUGGAUCUCUAAUGAAAUAACAGAUGUUUAAGUAACUUGUUGUGCUGUGUGUAGUACUAACAAUGGCUGGAAGUUCAUUUCCUCAUUUAACUCGUCAUUUAAAGCUUCUGGUUUCUACUAAUAAGCAGAAAAAGGACUUUGACAUGUGCUGCUGGAUCUCCUCUCACGUCUUCAUGUGAUUUUUUAGCUCCGCGUCACAUUUGUACCCAGCUGAGGAAUCAGGUUGAAGGGAUUUACAUUAAAGUAUAAAAGCAGAAGGUCUUCAUGUGGACUCAGGUACUGCUUCACAGCUAGGUUUGAAUGUAAAGAGAGGAACAUAUGCUAAAGGACACGUGAUAUAAUGAACGAGCACGAGCUAAUGACAAAAACAUUCCUAAGAUUAGAUUUCCCUGCUUCUUGUUACUCGCUGAUACAAAGGAAAUUCCACAAUCCUCUCGACGCCACGGUAAAACAGUUUGUUAGCUUUGUUAUUUAGCCAUUGGGAGUUAACGGCUGAAAACACCAAAAAUAUAAAAUAUAUCCAAUAAAACUGCAUUAUACACUCCUUUCUUACAGUUGACAUACUUUUUUGUUAGGAAUGUAAACAGGUUCCUUCUCCAAUAUCCAUUUUAUAUGACUGUGAAUACAUCUUAAAAAUAACUUGUGUUCAAGCUGUUAGCAGCUAAGCUAAAAAACAAAACAUUACAUUACAUGUACUUCAUUCUACACUCAUUGUUAGGAAGUUAAACAGGUCCCCUCUCUGAUAUCUAUUAAAUAUUUCUGUGGAAACAUCUCCUUCAAAACAACUUUAUUAAUUCAAGUUUGUUAGCUGUUAGCUCCAUCAUUUAGCUUCCGGCUGACAACAGCUAACGGCUAACAAUACAAUGCUAAAAAGACAUUAGCUUUUAAUGUAAUGUUCUUCAUUAUACACUCCUUUAUUAAAGUAACACAGGUUCCCUUUGAUAGAUAUUUAUUAAACUGAAAACAUCUCCUUUUAAAACAACUUAAUUAAUUCAAGUUUGUUCACGCUGCUAACGGCUAGCAGCUAAUGGCUAUGGCUAAUGGUUAAUGUUAAUUAUAGCUCUCCUGCCGAUUUUGAGAGUUUAUUAAAUAUGAUAUAAAUAAAAGUCUUGCAUUGAAAAUCUUACUGAAGUAAAGGUUAGUAUACUCAAAAUGUAGGUAACGUACCCAAUUGUGAAAAAUCAUAAAAAGAAAUUAAAAAAAACAUCCAAAAUACAUUUAUUUUUUAAUGGAUGGAAAAUUCAAUGAUUUUUAAAAGAUGCCAUUUUAAUCAUCCCUCGAUUGUUUAAGAACUGUUGGCCAGUUUAAUGUAAUUGAAGUGGGAGUAAAGAAAAUACACAAGUACAAGUAUGUCAAAUGUGUAGCCUACUUAAAAACUCAACUUGAGUAGAUGUACUUCACACAGAAGUCAAACUGAAUAUUUUGUGUAUUUUUCUCAGGUUUUCAGUUUUUUCAGUGGACCAAUAACGAGCGUCUCAUUUCCAUUUUCGCGUUUAAAAACAGGAAGUGUCCCGUCUAACAUUGAGUGCAAUUUCCUCCCUUUUUCUUUCCCAAAAUCCCCUUAAAAUCGUCACUUUGGAUUUCUGCAGUAACGUGUAAAUGUGCCUUCUGUCGACAAACCAAAACACGACACAUUUACUGCUUAAAUUAAAUAUACACACUUUCUGUUUCUCCCUUUUUACUUUAUUCCUGCAGAUAUACACUUUGAAGGAGCUGGAGUUUGCAGGCAAAGCAUCAGAGGAAAUAUAUAUAUAUAUAUAUAUAUAUAUAUAUAUAAGAGCCACAUUAAAACUAGAUUUAUUUUAAAAAGUCAAAAUAAAUAUCAAACCCUCUUUAUGUUGUACACAGAGUGCAGCACACAGCGAAAGUAUAACUGCAUCAAACCCAGUCCCUACAGACAGACAAAUGUAAUAGUUACGGGCAUUGUGACGUAAACAAAAAAAAUGCAUGUUAUCGCCCCCUAGUGGACAACUAAUGCGCGAUUACAAAUGCUUUAAAGUAAAAUAAAAAAAUGCUUUUAUGAUUGAAUUAUCUUCUAAUUAUGAGGUACUAUCUACUCAUUCUCAUAAACACUGUCAUAUGUUUAUACAGUGAAUGCUAUAUGCAAACGUACUGCAGGAUUAAACGAUGAUACCUCCUAAGGGUGGGGGGAUAUGAAGAUAAUGUGGCAAAUAAUUAAAUAUUUAGAAAACUAAUCCUUGCAUUUAUAGGAUGUUAUGAAUAAAUUAAAAUACUAAAUUAAGUGCUGUAAUAUUUGCAUUGUUUACAUCACUUGUUAUUGUCACUAACAAGGAAUAUUAAAUAGAAAUUGGCUAUAAUAAUAAUAAUGCAUUUACCUUUUAUAAAUCAAAACAUAUGUCUUAAUUUUAUUCAUGUGAUAGUACAUUAUCAUCUUUUAACAAUAAAAAAUAUGAGUAUGAUUGACAAAUAUUGCCGUAUCGCCCGCCCUUAGUUUAGAUAUCUUUAAGACUGCAGAUUUUAAUUUGAUAAAUAAAUUGAAAAUUAAAAUCUGAAUCCAUUCACGGCCGUCUCCUUGCUAUUGAAAAUACAAUAAGUACUGUAUGCCCCCAACACACACACACACUCCCUCACUGAUGUCUCAGCUGGUCUUUAAUGAUGUAUUUGUGAUAUAUUAAUAACGGUCACUCGCCUUCUCAACUUGCCUACUAAAAGUCGUCUUCAUGCUUUGUUGUUGUAAAUAUGAUUUUAUUUAUUGUCUUUUUAAUAUCCUCAGCAUUCGUUGUGUUGCCAUGUUUUCAUGCCUAAGCCAUUAAGAUUUUUAAUUAAACAAUAUUUUCUUUAA